CUCCCAUCCGUGCGGUCAACUGCUCCUGCUGGUUUCUGUUACCGAAGAUUGGGAUAGGUGGGACAUCAAACAAAUCCUAACAAACUCACCGCUACCACCUGUAGUCUUGGCCAUGAGUUUAUCUGCUGCCGGAUUCUCCGUGCCAUGGCCGGUCUUCCUUUUCUCCCCUGCCGAACUCAAGGUCUGCUAUCUCCUGCGCAUCCGGCGGGGAUUCCGGGAGCAACAAGAACACCGCAACAACCGCGAGGAAUCCAUCCUUUCUCCCCCCGUGCUAUAAAAACCGGGCGUCGUGUUUCCCCUGCCCACCAAAACCAAAUCCAGAACUCUCCCUGGGAAUUUGGUGGCCGAUUUGCCACCGCGUGGGUGUGGUGGGGCAUGCGCCGAACGACUUCUGCGUUGGAGCUCCAGCGCCAGGGGGGAAACUGUCGCGCCAUCGCUGGGCCGCGGCUCAGAUUGCUGGGGUGGCCGGAGUCACCGGAUCGGAAUUCAGAACACUAGCGUCGACGACACGGGGCGCUCAAGCGUGAGGACACGUGUCAUCUGAAGAGCAAGUUGGUACCUGGAAUCUCAAGUCCCAGGCAAGUUGUGCCCUUGAUCACUUCUUUUUACCCACUCAUGUUCUAAUUAAUCAUAAUGAUCUGCAUAGGUUAAUUUUGAUGGGACCCAAUAGGUUACCAUAGUUUGAUUAUCUUUAUACCUUGUUUACCACUGAACUUUUUGGGUAGUACUUGCUAGUGCUUUAUGUGGUUUUGGGUAUGAAGAUACAAUAUUCAUGAUCACACUUUUAUUAUCAGUUGUUAUUUACUGUUCAUGAUAAGAUCAUUAUGUUAAUUGGAACAUGGAGCGACCACCCGGGAAAACAGUGCUACCACAAGGGUUUAUGGACGCCCUUGGCUGAUUAAUUAGGAAAGCUAGUGGAAGACUACCUUACCCGAAAGGGGCAAGGGCAGUAGGGGAGUGGUCAGUGUAGGGAGGUCCUUGGGAUGAUUUUGCUGCGAAGGCGGUCAUGCGAGGGAUCCCUGCAUUGGAGCUUCCUAUAAACUGUAGCGGGUUUUCUGAAGCUAGUGGAACUUUGUAAAGGCCUCGUAGUGUUACCCUGCCUCGCCUCCUCAGUAGAGGUGUAUGGGAAGUCGCGAUCCCUUGGCAGAUGGGUAACAUGACUUGUGGGUAAAGAUGCGCAACCUCUGCAGAGUGUAAAACUGGUAUACUAGCCGUGCUCACGGUCAUGAGCAGCUCGGACCCUCACAUGAUUAAAUUAUGGAACUUAAAUUCAAUUUGUCAUAUGCAUUGCAUUGCAGGUGAUGUUGUUACUUUGUUCUACUACUUAAUUGGGUUGGUAUUUACUUAUACUUAGUAACUGCUAAUAAAAUUUUGACCAACUUUAAAAGCAAUGCUCAGCUCUAACCAUCCUCUUUGGUAAGCCUUACACUUCACGUGAGCUCCCACCUUUGGCGAGUUCAUGCACAAAAUUCAUACUUGUUGAGCGAUGAACGUAUGUGAGCUCUAACUUGUUGAGCGAUGAACGUAUGUGAGCUCACUCUUGCUGUCUCACACCCCCCCCCCACACAGGUCAAGAACAGGUACCACAGAAUGAGGCGCAUGGAGGAUGCUGCGACGUGUUCGUGAGAGGUCUAGGACGUCGUCUCCCAGUCAACUUUGGGUUGCUGGACAGUUGUCUCCUUAUAAUGUAAUUAUUUAUUUUGUAUAGAACUCCUGUUAUAUAGUAAAGAUGUGACAUUCGAUCCUGUGCCAUGAUUC